AAGACAACAAAAAUAGAGGGGUAUUUUGGUAAAAUCGAGAAAAGGAGCUGGCACUUAGCUUUGUUCUCGAGAAUCUCGGAGUCUCCCGCUCCGGUCUCUCUCAGGUGUGUCGUAAGCGCCUCUCUUUCGCCUUUUCUCCCCUUUUCUAUGCGUUUUCUAAGGAAACCCUAAAACGCUGCCAACCGAAGAAACCGUUGGAAAUCGAAGCUGUGUUAGCUCUUCUCAAAGCUACUUGGCUAUUGUGAGAGAGAGUGGUUUUAUGGAGGAAGAGGUUGUGAUGGCGGCUGAGAAUGGUAGUUUAGAGUUUCAUGAUGACAGUUUAUCAUCAUCACUUGAGAUUGAUGAUGGUCUUAUUAAAGAGAAUGAGAAUCCUGAUGUUGAUUUCCUCGAGGAUUUAGAUUCUUACUGGGAGGAUAUUAAUGACCGUUUGACUAUCUCAAGAGCCGUCAGCGACUCCAUUAUUAGGGGAAUGGUUACUGCAAUUGAGUCUGAGGCUGCUGAGAAGAUUGCUAUGAAAGACCUCGAGUUGUCUAGGAUUAAGGAGAGGUUGCUUCUGUACCAUGUGGGUUCUGAAGAGAAUGAGUCCCCUCUGAUGCAUGAUAAAGCGUGUUUGGAUACUCCAGAUGAACUUACUCAGGGGUCUUUAGGCAGUCUUAAAAAUGAAGCCAGAAAACAGUUGAUGAUGCUUGUUAAAGAACUCACCAAUUUGAGAGAGUAUAUUCACAUCAAUGAUUCAGGCGCCAACCUGGAUGAGAAAUUGGGUUUAGACAGCAGUCUGCAUGAGACCAGGUCCAAAACUGUUGAUAAAAUGCUUGAUUCCUUGAAGAGCAUUCUAGAGACUGUGGUGAAGCGGAGGAAUGAUAUGGAAUUCCCUUCGUCGUGGCAGCAUGAGCAUGAUUUUCGAAAAGAGAUUGAAACUGUAGUGGUGACCAGCUUUGUUCGGAGUCUUAAGGAUGAGUAUGAACAGAGACUGUUGGACCAAAAAGCUGAAUUUGGUGGUAAUAGAAGUCUGAUACUUGGGAAUAUCAAAGAGAUUACUGGUUUGCGCCAGGAACUAGAGGCGAUUCGUAAAUCGUUUUUGGAUCAUGAAAAUGGGGACAUCGAGGCAGGGGAGGAAGGCGACCGGAAAAGAGUGGAGAAGUUGCACCGUAAGAUGUCGGGAAGCCUUAAUUCAGUUUCUUUAGUUAAGGAUAACGGUAAGCAUGAAGAGAGUUCUAUUGACUUAAUGCCGGAGAAUAAUGAGACUUUAAAGCACAUGUCAUGUGAUGAGUUGAUCAAUCACUUCAAGAUCGAGAUGAAUAAAAUGAAGAGAGACCAUGAUUAUAAAAUACAAGACAUGACAGAGCAAUGUUUUACCUAUAAGCGCAAGUAUUUGAAUUUACAGGAAAGGGGUUCUUUUACUUUUGUGGGGAAGGAUAAGGAGCUAGAGGCGCUGAAAAAGAAGAUCCCAUUUGUCAUCUCUAAAUUGGAUAAGAUUCUGAUGGAAGAUGAAAAGUUGGUGUCUGAGGGUAAGCACGAUGCUGAUAUCAAACGCCAAGUGGAUUCUCUUCUUCUGGAAAAUCGUCAACUUAAAGAUUCACUUUCAGACGCUGCUGAGAAGAUGUCACAGGUUUCCCAGGCUGAGGCAGAUCAUCAAGAGUUGAUCCGAAAGCUCGAAUCAGAUGUUGAGGAUUCUCGUGUUGAAGCUUCUAUUUAUAAAGAUGUUUAUGGGUGUUUUGUUGCGGAGUUAGUGGGUCAGAUGAAAUGUGCAAAACAGGAGACAGAUUUAGAGCAUUGUAUGUUGAAAGAAGCAUAUGAGUUGAUACUGGAAGAUCUUGCGAGUAAAGAAGCCCGUGAAAGGAAGGAUGAUUUUGAAGACUCUUGUGUCGAGUCUGUCAUGAUGGAAGAGUGUUGUUCAGUCAUAUACAGAGAAACCUUGAAGGAAGCUCAUAAGAAAAUCGUAGAGUUAAACAUGCAUGUAACAGAAAAAGAAGAAACUCUGAGAUCAGAGAUGGUUGACAAGGAAAGACUGAAAUUGGAGAUUCAUAUGCUAGGGUGUCUCGUCAAGGAGAAGGAGAAUUUAGUCCAAACAGCUGAGAAUAGCUUGGCUACAGAUAGAAAGAGAUUUAAGUUAGUCUCUCACCAGAUUAACGAUCUGCAAUCACAGAUAGAACAGCAACAAACAGAGAUUCAUGAUAAAAACGAAGCACUGAGAGUUGUUUCGGCACGCGAGUUAGAGAAAAUAGAAGGUUAUGAGACAAAGAUAUCCAAGUUAAGAGAAGAGUUAGAGUUAGCAAGAGAGGGUUUGAAGGAAAUGAAAAAUGAGAAAAGGAAAACAGAGGAGAAGUUAUCAGUGGCAAAAGCAGAGAAAGAGACACUGGAGAAGCAACUUGUGUCUCUGGACUUGGUGGUUCCUCCUAAAUUAAUAAAAGGGUUCGACAUUUUAGAGGGUUUGAUUGCUGAAAAGACGCAAAAGACAAAUUUUAGGUUAAAAAACAUGCAGAGUCAAUUGAGUGAUCUGUCACAUCAAAUCAAUGAAGUCAAGGGGAAAGCAUCGACGUACAAGCAACGGCUGGAGAAGAAGUGUUGUGACCUCCAGAAGGCCGAGGCCGAGGUUGAUCUUCUUGGUGAUGAGGUUGAAACUCUCUUGGAUCUUCUUGAGAAAAUAUAUAUCGCUCUCGAUCAUUACUCUCCAAUCCUAAAACAUUACCCUGGCAUCAUUGAGAUCUUGAAGCUUGUCCGGAGAGAACUUAGCCGAGAAUCAAAGAGACCAUUAGAUUGAUAACUUGGAUCUCUUCCACACUAGUUUAUUUAUGUCCCUUUUUGUACAAAUCUCUCAGGAUUAUUUGAUGUUGUUGAUCUUUAGUUUUGUUUAGUAGAUAGGGUUUGGAAAUGUAGUAAUGUAUUGUCGUCAAUCGCAAUAUGUGAUUUUCGAUCACUGAAUCUUUUUAUAAUCUUAUAAUACAGUUAGAUUACGUUAAGGAGAGAUAAAUCAAACAUAUUGAACUUGCAAGUUA